GCUGCUUGCCCUGUAAUUAGAAACUGAAGUCAGAUUACAGCGUUAUGCCGAGGAGCGGUUCUCUCACACUGCGCGCUACCACCGAACAUGCCCACUCCCGUUACCCGGAAGUAAGCAGAAUUCCCAAAGAUGGCGGAGCAAGGUCCAAUGGCGAUAGCUAUGCGGCUAAGAAAUCAACUACAGAACGUUUAUAAACUUGAUCCUUUAAGAAAUGAGGAAGAAGUGAAGAUAAAAAUCAAGGACCUGAAUGAACACAUUGUGUGCUACCUGUGUGCGGGAUAUUUCAUUGAUGCCACAACUAUUACUGAGUGUCUUCAUACCUUCUGCAAGAGUUGCAUUGUGAAAUACCUCCAGACCAGCAAAUAUUGUCCUAUGUGUAACAUCAAAAUUCAUGAAACACAGCCCUUGCUAAAUCUUAAGCUGGACAGAGUAAUGCAAGACAUAGUUUACAAACUUGUUCCAGGUCUACAGGAGAGUGAAGACAAAAGAAUCAGGGAAUUUUAUCAGUCAAGAGGUCUUGAGCGCAUCAUACAACCGUUAGGGGAUGACUCGUUGCCAGAUAAUACAGGAUUACCGUACACCAGCUUUGAUCACUCUAAAGCCCAUUUCUACAGAUAUGAUGAACAAGUCUCGCUAUGUCUAGAGAAACAAAGGUUGCAAAAUCAGUCAGAAAAGUCAGUUGCAAAAUCACAUGCUAGACAGUGGAUGUACUAUACACCUGCAUGGGAUUGCAAGAGGAGUAAACCAUUUUAUAGAAGCAGUAUUUCUAAUUUUAAGAAUGUGAUGUUUAAGCUUGUACUGGCAUAAAUAAAUCAGUCCGUAUAGGAUUUUGCUGAGUUUUUUGUGAUUGUUGUAGCUGAAAAUGCUAUGCUCAUCUUCGAUGCACAUGAAUCGAACAGGGCUUUGGCUGAAUGCUAAUUUUAAUGAUGUCAGCUGACACAUCAGUUUAUUGUAAUGUGACCAGAAGUCAGGAUAAGAACACCUGCCAAAUGACAAUUGCUUAAUUAAUUACUAAUGUUAACAAAUGAAAGCACAAAGUAUAGCUUUAAGGAUAUUUUUGUUAGCUUGAAUUACUGAUUGUCCCAUCCACAACCCUAAAUUUCAAGGUUGAUGCAUGGAUGAUUGUGUGAACCAACUGAAAUGAGAAUUCAGUAUGAACUAAAAUACAAAUUCCUUCCAACCUUAGUCUUAUUAAUGACAUAGUGUUCCUAGGUACAGUUAAGUGCUGCCAAAAAAAACCCCUGUAAAUAACGUAAAAUUUCCUUCCAAUAACUUCACACCCUCAAACCACCACCACCCUCCGGAACCCAGACAGCACCUUAGCCCUCUGAAAAACUGGGGAAAACCCCAAUAUUUAAAUGCUGGUGAUGUUACUGGUAAAACCAUUACAUUUCCAUUUCAAAAGACUGAAAUCUUUUUACUUACAGGUGUCUGCAGCUAUAUUUUAUAAUAUAUAAAAUUAUUUUAUUUAUUAAAAAAAAAAAUACUUUUAAAAUUUAGAUUUCCAGGUAUUCAGACAAAUUAAUGUUCACUUGAAAUGCCCCUGUGACUAAAGUCUUGACAGCUGUUCGAACAGCAAGUGUAGCAGGAUAACAAUGAUAACAUCGUGCACCUGUUUUUUUUUUUUUUUUUUUUUUUUUUUUUUUUUUGGAAGGAUGCCAGUUUGUUUUGAGUUGGUCUUUUGCACCUUAAAAAACUGAUGAAGAGGAAUUCAUUCAUGAGGCAAAUAAAAGGACACCAAGAUAAAGGAGGAAGGUGCUCCCAUAUGCAAGCUUUCUAAAAAACCUGUAAAUCAAGUCGAUCUCUUGCAAAUAUGCAGAGUAGAACGAACACGUUUCAUGUUACAAUGUAUAGCUCCUUGUACGUGUAUGUUAAAAAUGGUUAAUACAUCAUAUAGAAAACAAUCUUAAGAUUUCUGAGUCAGAAAUGAAAGUGUGUGUGUAUUGGCAUAUAUGAAAAGGAUGCAUAUAUGAAUUAAAAGGAAUAUAUGAAAUGUACACGGUAUGUGAAUGUGUGUUUGAUAUCAAUCAAAACAUAUAAGCUCAUGAUCAUAUACAAGUUUGACAGAUCUUUCUCCAAUGGGCAGGAAGUUGAGUUUAAGUGAAUACAAUCUUGUCACUCAUUGCUAACUGGAUAAUUAAGUCCUAAAUUGCAGAUACAGAGCUGACUCAUACUGUAACUAUAGUGAUGACUAAUAAGAGAACGUGGCAAUGUUUUCAUUUCCUAAUUACUAUUAAAUGGCUUAAAUUAAUCUGUUUUUGCCAUUGAAGUCUUGAGAUAACAGAUGAAUUGUCUGUAGUUUCAACACACAACUUUGCAUUGGGUGAAUAUAUUCGAUUGCUUUACUAUGAGAACAAGAUUAUUUUAAAUCCAAUUUACACCAGAUGUGGUGUGUGUACUGUGAGCACACCACUUCUAAUAUGCUCCCAUGUUCAUCAACUUAGGCACAAAGCAUUAUUUUCUUACUAAAGGCACUUUAAAAUUUUAUAUUUAUGCUAUAUUAUGCUCAGAAUCUAAACAGUUAAUAGCUAUAUUUCAGCUUGUACUGCAGCAACUUUGUGAAGGUUCUAACUGCCAUUGACCUUUUGGGUUCACGUUUCAAUGAAUUACCUUUUAUUUAAUCACAUACACUGGCAGAACAUAAUAAAUUCAUAAUAAUCUGAUUGUCAGUAUGGUCAGAAUGCUAUUCAUUAUCUAAACAACUAUUUGCUCCAAUCCACUCCAAAAGUGUUCCAAAAGUGCCUUCUAUAUUUCUUCUAAUUGGAUGUUUCACUUUAUGCAUCACUCUGCCUAUUUUGGUUUGCCACGUAAAAUGCCAUGAUACUUUUUUAGGAAUAAAACUUUUGGCCAUGCUGUGUCUGAAAUGUCACAGCAGUAUCAUUCGCAAUUGUGCGCAUAUACUGAAUAUAGGGACUGUUGAGAUAAUCUACAGCCCUCACACCUACAUCAAAUUACAGCUGUACCGAUAUUCAGUAUAACCUUAGUCCCUUAGUAAGAGUUAAGACCAUACAAAUUUAAAUGGAAUUUAAUUAGGACCGUUUAAGUACUUCUAGUCAAAAGUCUAUUAAUUUAACCAAAUAACAUGUUUGAGAUUUAAUAAUAAUAAUAAUGAUAAUAAUGGUAGUCUUUAUUGGUCACAUAUACAGUAGAGCACAGUGAAAUUGUUUUCUUCGCAUACCCCAGCCUGUCAGGAAGCUGGGGUCAGAGCUCAGGGUCAGCCAACAGCUGAAGAUUUAAUGAAAAUGCGUGGAUUACUUUAAGUUGUGCACAUAGAUCAGACAUGCUGAAAUACAUAUGUGAUUUAUUUUGAAACUAUAUUUCAUUUAUAUUUUAUAUAUCACAUAACAACAAAUAUUGCAGCCCUGCUUUGCACUCUGCAAUUUCUUAGAUUUGUUGGCCCUGUAAAAUCUUCUAGUUAAUCUUUUCUAGUUCAAAAUCACUAUGUGACAGACGUUGCAUGUGACCACAGCCUGACUUUAUUUAAGCCACGUUAGAUACUAACAUUAGUUCGGUUGGAAUAUUUUUAUUUAAUGUCAACUAACUAGCUCAACCUUAUGGAUGGCUUGCAACUUGCUUAUCCGAGUCGAUAGUUGUAACUACCUUCCCGAGUUGAUGGUACAGAGAAAUACAGUUGUGCCCAAAAGUUUGCAUACCCCUUGCAGAAUCUGAUAAAUCUUAAUACUGUUAACAAAAUAAGAGGGGUAAUUUUUAUCAAUUCAGCUAUUAUCUUGUCUUGUGGACUACAUAAACAUCUGUUAUGUGAAAUAGCUUAUUCAGGAGAGUACUAAAUAAAAAAAACAUGGGAUUUUUAUGAUCCCUCUUAUUUUGUUACAGUAUUCAGAUUUAGUAGAUUCUUCAAAGGGUAUGCAAACUUAUGGGCACAACUGUAUCUCUGUCACCUUUCUACAUUCAUUCAGCUUAAGGCACUUGGCAAAAACACUUUCUGUACAUCCCUCUAGUUUAUGUGCCGUGUAUUUGUUUACAACAGUAUUACACUUUUUGGAGGACCUUGUCAUUUGAGAUGCAUUUAAUCUUGAGUAAUUUGUUAUUU